UUUUAAAUUAUUAAUGAAAAAUUGAGAAAAUGAUAAACAAAAUCAGAGGCUGUACACCCUCUUCUUCUUCUCCCUCGAAACUAUCUCCUUCUGCGUCUCUUCUUCUCUGUGUUCUCAGGCAAUUGCCAACCAAAAACCAUUUAUUCCAGCCCAAACCCGAUCGUCCUUAUGAGAAUAAAUUUACCGAGUGAGUAGUCUUCAUGACUACACUGUAAUGACCGGAACCGGAUUCUCGCGGCUGCGGAGUCCCGAGCCCGACCCGGAUACGAAACAAACAACAAGUGGAGCUGGAGGAGGAACAGCCAUGAGAGUCAUAGUCCCUUUACAAGGAGUGGCGCAAGGGAGAGGAGGGCUGGUGUUAGGCUCAGUUAUCCCCUGCGCGCUAUUUUACUUUCUCCAGUUCUAUCUAAAACGGCACCGUAAUGAACCCAAAGACCCCAACUCUCCUGCGUCCGAGAAGGCAACGGGUUCUCCCACCCAAUCUCCAUCCCAGUCGGCGGGCCAACUGACAGAGCUUCCUGGGUUGCCACGGUCUUUGUCUCGGCCGCUUCUGUCGCCGAGAACAGCGGGAGGACCCGUUUCCUUGUCUGGUCGGGCAAAUAGUAUAUUGAAGUGUAGUGACUCUCCAUACGAUAUUGGGUUGAUACGGGUCGAGGAGGACCCAUACGACGAGCUGGGUAAUCCGGAUGGUGUCAUACAGCUGGGUUUAGCCGAGAACAAGUUGUCGUUGGAUUUGGUUAAAGAUUGGCUUGCGGAGAAUGCUAGGGAAGCGAUAUUAGGUGGUGGAAGGAGAGAAUUAAAUGUUAACGCCAUUGCUACUUAUCGACCCUUUGAUGGCUUGAUGGAUUUGAAAGUGGCUGUGGCAGGAUUCAUGUCUCAAGUCAUGGAGAAAGCAGUUUCCUUCAAACCCUCACAAUUAGUGUUAACAGCUGGUGCAACACCAGCAAUUGAGAUGCUUAGCUUUUGCUUAGCAGAUGCUGGAAAUGCAUUUCUUGUUCCCACACCAUAUUACCCUAAUUUUGACAGGGAUGUCAAGUGGCGAACUGGGAUAGAGAUUAUUCAUGUUCCUUGCCGAAGUGCAGACAAUUUCAAUAUUAGUAUAACAGCCCUUGAUCGAGCAUUUAGCCAAGCAAAGAAGCGUGGUCUAAAAGUGCGGGGGAUUAUAACUUCAAAUCCAUCAAAUCCUGUUGGCAAUCUUAUGAAUCGAGAAACAAUUUACAGCCUUCUGGACUUUGCCAGAGAAAAGAACAUCCACAUAAUCUCCAAUGAAAUAUUUGCAGGGUCCACGCAUGGGAAUGAAGAAUUUGUGAGCAUGGCAGAAAUUAUUGAAUCUGAAGAUAUUGACCGUGACAGAGUGCAUAUUGUAUAUGGUUUGUCAAAUGAUCUCUCUUCUCCAGGCUUCCGGGUGGGAGCUAUCUAUUCCUUGAAUGAAAAUGUUCUUGCUGCUGCUAGAAAACUUACAAGGUUCUCAUCUAUUUCAGCCCCAACACAGCAAUUGCUUAUAUCUAUGCUUUCCGAUACUGAAUUUGUUAAAAGGUUUAUUGAGAUUAACAGGGAAAGACUUGGAAGAAUGUAUGUACGAUUUGUGGCAGGUUUGCAAGAACUGGGCAUUGAGUGCACAAAGAGCAAUGGGGGUUUCUACUGUUGGGCUGAUAUGCGUGGGUUUAUUCCCUCGUAUAGUGAGAAGGGGGAGCUUGAGCUUUGGAACAAAUUGUUAAAUGCAGCUAAAGUCAAUGUGACACCUGGUUCUUGUUGUCACUGUAUUGAACCUGGAUGGUUUCGCUUCUGUUUUACUACAUUGAAGGAAAAAGAUAUACCUGUGGUAAUAGAACGGAUUCGGACAGUUGUUGAAACAUGUAAAUCUCUAGGAUGAAGUGCUGUUGAUUUAUUUUCAUGGAAUUAGAUUACACAUUUUUCCCUUGGAGGCUAUUUAAUGGUUGCUGCCUUGAAGCCCCAUUCUGCAAGGACAAAUUUCAGUACACAAUCUUUACCAUAAUAUUUAUUAGGAUUUGUACAUAUUUCAGAAGCUUUGAGGCUUGAAAUUGGAGGUGAGUGGUAGCAACUUAGUUUAAGUGUAAAGAGUCCUCCCAUAUGCAACUUAUUGGCCUCUCUUGUUUGUUUUUGCAUUCGUAUGCAAUUUUGACAAUUAGAGCAUUUGUUUGUAAAAGAUUAAAGACAGAAUUAUUUUUGAUGUACUACUUGUGUUAAAUAUGAGGGCAAUGCUAUCUAAGUUGUGAAUUCGUCGACAUAUGGCCGGCGCCCUGUGUAAGGAAAAGAAAUGGGAAUGAGAAAUUUGAUUUUGA